GACAGAAGCCGCACAUGCAAAAUCCCAAUAUCAAUAAAUAUGGUAUACAAAAUAUCUAAUAGCAUAGACGAUAAAUAGUGGACUCUAGGUCUAAUCUACAUCUGGAUGAGAAACAACUGAAGCUGCUUGUAAAACUUUUAACUUCAGUUCAAGAAUUUACAACAUAUAAAUAUCCACCAGUAUUGAAUAACUUAGUCACUAACUAUUACAAUGAGCUCUAAAUCUGGCUUAUGUCAGCAAAAUAUUGUUAAAAGUGCUCCUCCUACUUUAUAUUAUUUGCCUGAUUUUAUAACCAAAGCAGAAGAAGAGUUCCUUUUAAAUAAAGUUUACUCUGCGCCCAAGCCAAAAUGGGACCAACUUUCUCAUAGAAAACUACAAAACUGGGGUGGUCUACCCCGUGAUAAAGGCAUGAUACCUGAAAAACUACCAGAUUGGUUGCAAAUCUACAUGAACAAAAUCGCUGUGUUGGACCCAUUUGAAGGAAAUAAUCCUAACCAUGUUCUUGUUAAUGAAUACUUACCUGGACAAGGUAUCAUGCCACAUGAAGACGGGCCGUUGUAUUUUCCAACAGUAUCCACCAUCAGCUUAGGUUCUCAUACAGUUUUAGAUUUUUACCACCACCAAGCUCACCCCUGCAUAGAUCCGGAAACUUCCAGCCGUUUAACUGAAUUAAAAGUUAGCGAAGAUAAAGUGCAGCAGACGGGGGACAACUCUGGUGAAAAUGUACCAACGUCACUUGAGAGCCGUUAUCUGUUAUCGGUCUUACUCGAGCCUCGGAGUUUAUUUUUGGUGCGGGAUGACAUGUACACGAGCUACUUGCAUGGAAUUUCAGAGCGUACUUCCGAUGUUGUUUCUAAAGAGUUAGCAAAUUUUGAUUCCAUUUCAUUCAAAGAAGGCGAUGUUCUUGAGAGAGGAACUAGAGUAUCACUGACAAUACGAUAUGUGCCUAAGGUUAUAAAAACAAAAUUUUUGUUUUGAUGUUCAUUUGCCCUGCUUAAUGUUCUUCCAUUGUUAGACAAUAAAAUGUAAUAA